AUGGAUGACGUCGAAAAACAGAAAAACGAAACAAUUAAAUACAAACGCAACGGAUUAUUAUGGGUUGAACUUUCUAUGGAAUACAAUCGACACGUUCAAUUACAAUACGUUCUUGAACAUCUUGGAGAUAAAGGCAGCAAUCCAAAGUUAAGAAAGAUAAAGAUGUCACCAGUCUUUUCAUGGUGGAAGCGCGAAAUGUUACGUCAACGCUGGCGUGAAAUCAACGAAACUCUUCAUUAUAAUGAUGUAACUAAGAAGAUUGAAGCGAAAUACUCCGAUUUUGCUAACGAACGUGCCGAAGAAGCAUCAAAACAGAUGAAUUCAUUGCAAACAUUACAAAAUCCUCCAAUUAAAGAUUUAGUCUCUCUUGAAGCCCUUUCUGACUUAAACAGCUUUGUUAUUCCUCAUGUUGCCAUUACGUCUAACCUAUCUGGCUUCAAUGAUGCUGAUUACUGUCAAUCGACAAUAGUUGAUGAAAUUACUGGAGUUUCUGAAAGCGAAAUACCACCAGCAUUCAGAUCAAAAGGUGGUAGAAAGUCUAAGAAUGGCAAUAAUAAUGAUAAUGAUGAUUCUUAUGAAUACGAUUCCGCAGGAAAUAGAAUUGAAGGAAAUAAUUCGAAGAAAGGUUCAAAGAAUGGAUCCAACAACAGUAAAAAUAAUAAUGGAUCUAAUUCUAAUGGAAAAUCCAAUGAUAAUUCCGAUGGAAAUAAUAAUUCCAAUUUCGGAGGCGGAAUCUUCGGAUUUUUCAAGGGAUCGAACAAUCCAAAUAAUUCUAAGAACAAUGGCCCUGAAAAUUCAGACAAAAACGGAAAAUCAGAAAAUCAAAGGUCUUCAAGAGGAAAAGGAAGAAAUGGAAGUGGAAAGAAUAACGGUACAAAUGGAAAUGACACAAAUGAUGACUAUUAUGAUGAUUAUUACAGUGUUGAUCCAAAUAAUUCCAAAGAUGGAAAUAAUUCUCCUCGUAGACAUCACAGAUCAGGAAGAAACAACAGCGAAUCAUUAAAGGAUGCUAAUGGAAACCCUAUUAGUCCAAGAAACAAGUCCAGAAGAUCAAAUAAUUCAAAUAAUAAUGGUAAUGAAGGAAAUGAAGAUGGAAUAGCAGGAAAUGGCGUCCAUUCAAGAAAGAACGGCUCCAAAGGACCUAAUUCUUCAAAAGGAGAUGGAUUUUCUGCUGAUUUUAAUUCAAAUGACGAAAUAUGA